UUUUUAUUUACUUGUUAGAAAACCGACCUCCCGUACAUAUAAGUUCAUUUCAUUACUUCAUUUUGCCUCGUACGGUUGCGUAGUCUGCUAAUCUUCAAUCCCGUACUUUUCCACGCCACUUGCAGCUGUGAAAAUGCCGUACAAGAAAGUGACCCAUGUAAUUUUUGAUAUGGAUGGUUUAUUAUUAGAUUCAGAAAAGGUAUACGAAGUGAUAAUAAGCGAAAUAGCCCAAAGAUACGGAAGAGUAUAUACCAACGAAGUAAAAAUGCAGCUUCUAGGCACUCCCGAACCCGUAACAGCCCAAUUAGCUGUUAAAGGGAUGGAUUUGCCUAUCACACCUGAACAGUUUUUGAAGGAAUAUAUAGAAGGCACCAACAUUCAUUUAGCCCAUCCGGAUUUAUUUGCAGGCGCAGAGAAACUAAUUCGCCAUUUACAUAAACAUAAUGUUCCAAUAGCAGUAGCUACGUCAUCCUCGUACGAUGCCAUUGCCGUGAAAACGCAGCAUUACAAAGAGCUCUUCAGUCUCUUUCAUCAUAUUUGUUCGGGAAGUUCAGAUCCUGAGGUUAAAAGAGGCAAGCCAAAUCCUGACGUGUAUUUAGUCUGUGCUUCAAGAUUCGCUGACAAACCCAAUCCUGAGCAAUGUUUAGUAUUUGAAGAUGCACCCAAUGGUGUAAUAGGCUCCGUUCGAGCUGGAAUGCAAGUGGUCAUGGUGCCUGCAGAGUCAACUAGCGAAGAAUUACGUAAACCAGCCACGCUAGUACUAAAAUCUUUGACCGAAUUUAAACCAGAACUGUUUGGUUUACCGCCCUUUAAUGAAUAGACAUUUAUAUUCCAACAGUUAGUUCAUAUUAACAUAUUAAAGAUAAUAUUUCCACUUAUAGACGAACAUCAUACCUAAUAAAAGUUAUUUAUUUUU